GUUCCAAGAUAAACAGACAGUGAGUUGGUUGUAAAAUUGCUUAGUCUGUACCGUUUAAGUUUGAGACAAAUUAAAUUACAUUUUCAUACGAACAACCUAUGCGUUCAUAAUUUAGCUAGUUGUAUACUAUCUGAAAACGAAUCAACCUUAAAUCUAAUGACGCGUCUAAUACCUUUCUUUCUCUUUCCUUAUAUACAAGUGUGUGAUUUUUUUUAUCGAGUGGUGCGUGCACUAUACAAUAUAGUGCGAAAUCACUCAUGCCAAUUAUCAAUUAACUUUGAUUUAUUCAUGCUCCAUGCGUGCGGGCAAGGCGCUGUUGUUAGCAUAAUGCUAUCAAGCAAUUUGUAACUGAAUUUGACGCGUGAUGAAUUGAGUCACCAAGAGAAUCUCAUAGAAUCGUUAAGGAUACACCUAAGAUGAGAUUGUUAUGCUAUGUGGUGAAGGGUGGCGAUGGGGAAACAACAGCUUUGAAUGUACAGUCCCUGGAGCCGCAUCGCUUGAACAAGGGAGCAUCGCAUCGUCGCACAGGCUGUAUGCGGAUGUAGGGGGACCCUGCACGGCAGACCCGCGAGAGGCACUGGGAUUUUUGUCUACUCUUGUGAUUACGCUGGUAUCAUUGAUCAUCCAGCAUAAGUUGAAGUUACACUUAUACACUCAUCUCAACUAAUAAAAUGGAUUGGGCUGCGUCUUCUGCUAAGCUGAAUCCUUACAGUCGAAGCCGUAUGACAGAGGCCUGGCAGCAACAUUCUGUUGCCCCACCUCAAGUGGUUCACACUAUUCCCCCAGGAGCAGAGAACCCAUUGGGUUGUGCUGUGUAUGGUAUAGUUCUUCAGCAAGAUGCUCCAUCUGUACCUCAACAGCCACCUCCGUCUCAGCACAACCAGCACAGCAGCCAGCACAGCAGCCAGCACAGUCAACAAAUCAAUGGAGAACAGCAGCAUGGACAACGGCAUGGACAUCAGCGGCAGCAGCAGCAACAGCAGCAACAGCAGCAACAGCAGCAGCAGCAGCAGCAGCAGCAGCAGCAGAGGCAGCACCCAGCCCAGCCUCAGCGGUCUACUCUUCAGGGGGAAGCAGGAAACAAGUGUGGGGCAUGUGGACAUGAUAUCUCUCACCUUUCCAAUCCUCAUGAGCACCAGUGUGUAGUCACGCAGGAUCGAUCCUUCCAGUGUACACAGUGCCUGAAGAUCUUCCAUCAAGCUACUGAUUUGCUAGAACAUCAGUGUGUUCAGGUGGAGCAGAAACCUUUUGUUUGCGGGGUGUGUAAAAUGGGUUUCUCUUUACUAACAUCUCUUGCACAGCAUCACUCUUCUCAUAACAGCAGUAACCCCAUGAAGUGCUCCAUUUGUGAGAAAACCUAUAGACCCAGUUCCUCUGACAGUGCUACACCAUCUACUUCAAAAAAACAUGCUCAUCAUUCUAGUCGCGAUUGUUCAGCCAGCAGUAGCUCUUCCAUUCUUCCUUUCCCCUCAGCCCGGGACAGACCAUACAAGUGCUCUGUGUGUCAGAAGGGCUUCAAACAUUUGUCUGAACUGACACGACACGAGCGUGUUCACACGGGAGAAAAGCCUUUUAAAUGUGAUAUAUGUGAUAAAGCAUUCAGCCAGUCAUCACACCUACAACAUCACCAGCGGACCCAUAGCAAUGAGAGGCCAUUCAAAUGUGCGGUUUGUGAGAAGAGUUUUAAACACCGCUCCCACCUGGUUCGUCACAUGUAUGUCCACUCUGGAGAGCACUUGUUCAAAUGCAACUUAUGUGAGCUGCACUUUAAAGAGUCAGCAGAGCUCCUUCACCACCCAUGCCACCCACAGGGUUCACGGCCCUUUCGCUGUGCGACUUGUGGCAAAGGGUUCAAGCGCCCCUCUGAUCUUCGUCAGCACGAGCGCACACACUCAGAGGAGCGGCCUUUCCACUGUGACGAGUGUCAGAUGAGCUUCAAGCAGCAAUAUGCUCUGGUGCGUCACAGACGCUCACAUCAAGACCCCACAGAUCGACCGUUCAAAUGUAACCUGUGUGACAAGUGCUUUAUGCAGCCCUCUCACCUCCUCUAUCAUCAACAUGUCCAUGGUAUGGACAACCUGUUCAAAUGUGGCUCCUGCCAGAAAGAGUUCAGCCAGUCAGGUGAUUUGCUCAGACACAAGUGUGGCGAGUCCCCUGUCAGCUCCCCUGACAAACCAUACAAAUGUGACGUCUGUGGUAAAGGCUACAAGAAGAGCUCCACACUACAGCGGCAUCAGAACUCUCACUGUCAGGAGAAGCCACUGAAGUGUUCGCUCUGUGACCGGCGUUUCGUGUCCUCCUCAGACUUUGUGCAGCACCGAUGUGACCCGUCACGAGAGAAGCCACUCAAGUGUCCAGACUGUGAGAAACGUUUCAAAUACUCAUCUGACCUGAACAGACACAAACGUGUACACACCGGGGAGAAGCCCUACAAGUGCGACCACUGUAACAAGUGUUUCAAGCAACGUGAACACCUCAACAAACACACCAGCACUCACACCAGAGAGGGCCAGUUCAAGUGUGUGUGGUGUGGGGAGCGCUUUAGUGACAUCAACUCUUUGCAAGACCACACAGUGCAGCACACAGCAGAUGGCGGUGGUUACCCUGUGUCCCAGUGUCUGUAACUGCCCUCAGAGAGACAGAGGUGUAACUGAGUUGGCUUGUACAGUUUUAUGUAUUUAGAUCUGGUAAUGUUUAGCCUAGUAUUUAGUCCAGUAAAAUAUUUUUUAAUUUAGUCUCUUCUGUAAGAUCUUUUGUAUCUAAACCGAUAUUACAGUUGCACUGUUUGUUUCAACAUUU